UUUUCUCGAGAUUUUCUGACUCAACAUAUUUCUUGAGAUUUUUGUGACCAAUUAGUUGUCAUAAAUGUAACAUGCGAAAUGCAUGCGGGGCCCUUCUACCAUAGUUACUUUUUCGUGGGACCACUAUCAUAGUAGUACCGGUAUUGCUGAAUUUAUGUUGACUUUUUGCAGGGCAAAUGAAUCCCUUCGAAAAUAUUGACGUGCCGAAGCUUCCUGAUUUUACAUCAGGGAACGAUGCAGACGUAGAUAUGGCCUAUUUUGAAAGACACCGAGGCUCGCCUACUUUACGUGAAACGAUUGCUCCUCCAGAAUCAGAGCAUUCUGCUGAAAAAGAAAAAGUAGAACCGGAACCUAAAAGAAUCGAGGAGCAGAAGCCACGAAGGUUGUCCAAUGUGCGAGUGAAGUAUCAUUACAAGUUCAAACAUGCAACUGUACCGAAAACACCAAACUUGAGAUCAUUAGCUCGAACGAGACAACUUUGCGUUGACACUCCGAAUACUCAAGCUGCUAAGGAGCUUGAAUCUAUGAAGAAGAAUCAGUUCAAAGCAAUUAAAUUGGAUAAACGAAUUUUCAGUGCUCCUUUUAGACCAAAAUUGAGCCAUAAGCAUACAGAACCAAAUGAGCCUCACUUGCUCACCAAGGACAGAGCGGCAUUGUCUUCUCGUGAAAAUAUCAAAAGUGAUGAUGAAAAUGAGAAUCAAUUCCAUGCUCAGCCUUUACCAGACUACGAGGAGCUGAGAAGACUAGGAGUUUAUAAUCAUAAUAUGCCACAAGCCACAGUUCCGAAAUCGCCUGCUUUUAGUCUAAUCAGAACGCGAUCAAUGAAAGACACUCCAAAUGAUGAAGACAAACCAGCUAGCUACUACCACCCUCCUCCUAAAUUUGGAACUCCUUUCAGACCUAAAAGAUCUAAUAAAGUGACAAAAAUUGCGAGCUUUAGUUUUGAGAAUCGUGUUUUAAGCAACAAGUAUACGAAAGGUCAUAACAGCGAAACAAGUGAGGGGGAUAAUGAGAGUAAUACAUUCAGAGCUCAACCGGUUCCGAAAAUCAUUGAAAAGCCAUUUCAGCCACGUCGUAAUCUAAUUCCGCCAACAAAACCUCGCGAGUCAUUAGUGCCGCACUCAGUUUCGAGAAGGUUAGAAAAGCGACAAGAAUUUGACCGCGAGUUCGCUUCCAGAAGCGAAAGCGUGGAGAAAAGGAGACAAGAAAGGCUUGCAAAAGAGCAAGAAGAAGCAAAAAAGUUGCUGAGAAGUAAAACGGAAUUCCAAUCACAUCCGGUGAAGCAUUUCAAACCAGUUCAGAUAAGAUUGGAGCACAAAGCUACAAAUGCAGCAAGCCCGAAGUUUUCCCAACGACUCAACUGUGUCGAUAAACGAAAGUUAGAGUCGCUCAAGAAAUGAAUGAUCAGCGAUGAGUUGAGGCGGUUAUCUUCAGGAAUAAACAUGGAGUUUCAAUAAAAAUGGCAUAUUGAGAAUUGAAUAUGCGCCCUUGAUUUUGAUUUUUGUGAAUUUAAAAUAGUUUUUUUUUGUGAUUGUGUUGUGAUUUAUUUUGAUUAAUCAACAGCAAUUCAUCUGACCCUCUGCUUAAAGCGAAAAACAAGUUAAUGGCAUAAAAACCUCAAUUCGAUCUCUAAAUUGUCUAGAAGAGGCCAGUAAUGUUAGUGCCAAUAGAUUUUGAAGAUGAACUUGUGACAGUUGGUCCUUUGUUUGUUGCUAAUUUAAAUGUUUGUUUUCGAAGCA